AUGGCUUCUACCUACGGCGACCUCCGUCACCUUCUCCCGGGCAAUUACAAGCGCCUCGUCACUGCCUGGCUGGAAGAGGACUGUCCCAGCUUCGAUUAUGGCGGCUUCGUGGUGGGGGAGUCUGAAGGCGAGGCUCGUCUGCUGGGCAAGAGCAAGGGUAUCGUAGCAGGUGUCCCCUUCGUCGACGAAGUCUUCUUCCAACUCGGUUGCUCAAUAGCCUGGCACGUCAAAGAAGGUCAACCCAUCACCCCCAUCACCCACUGCGCCACCGUCCGCGGCCCCAUCCGCAAGAUCCUCCUCGGCGAGCGCGUCGCCCUCAACAUCCUCGCCCGUUGCUCCGGCAUUGCAUCCAAGAGCGCCUCGCUCGUCACGGCCCUCCGCGCCCACGGAUGGCCCGGCACCCUGGCCGGUACCCGCAAGACGACCCCGGGCUUUCGUGUCGUUGAGAAAUACGGCAUCCUGGUUGGAGGCGCCGACCCUCACCGCCACGAUCUCAGCUCUAUGACCAUGCUGAAGGAUAAUCAUGUCUGGGCGUGUGCGAACAACCGCGCGGCUGCGGACGGGGGUGCCAGCGACAACGCGGAGCAGCUGUCGUCCAUCACGGCAGCGAUUCCACGGGCCGUGCAAGCUGCCAAGGCAGCCGGGGGGUUCGCCACCAAGGUCGAGGUCGAGUGUCGGGAUCUGGAGGAGGCGGACGCGGCGAUUGGCGCGGGCGCAGAUGUGAUCAUGCUGGAUAACUUCACCCCCGAGGGCGUUUGGGAGGCCGCCAAGAAGCUCAAGCAGGAUUGGGCAGGGAAGGGCCGGUCGUUCCUCGUCGAGGUCAGCGGCGGGUUGAACGAGACGAAUGCCGCUUCGUAUGCGUGCCCCGACGUCGAUAUCAUCUCGACCAGUUCCAUCCACCAGGGGACCGGCAUCGUGGACUUCUCUCUCAAGGUGUCGUUGCGGUGAUUCGGGCCUAGUGCAUGCCUUCUUGACGAAAUGUGUAUGUCUACGUAGAUUGUAUAUCGUUUCCGGCGAGUCCGUAGUUGCCUGACGGCUCCGUCUCUCCACAAAGUAGCAUGGGCACCAAGACUGUUCCAAUACCUGCCUUCUAUGUACAUGGCUCCUAUCCCACCCGGUCCGAUGUAUACUGCACACGCUCAUUUCCCCAUCAGAACCGCCAUAAACAACACGAGUUCGAGACCCAAGUAAGCCAGCAAUACCCACGGGGGUGGGCAAAGAGUGAAUCUUCCGAAAAGAAGACCAGAACAAGACGAGAGAACCGAAGGGUAUCUGAUACAUGCAUGAAUGCGAACAAUGCAACCCAGAGUCUGAUGAUCAGACAGCUGGAUCUG